AAACAUUUGCACUUAUAGUUGUUUUUGCAAUGCACUUGUAAUUGCUAGUAUUGGACACCAGGAGGCGGUGUUUUACAGAUGAACCACCGAUGCGAGCUUUUAAGUUAUGACCCAAUCGUUAGGAAAUGCUUUUAUUUUGAAACUCCCACCGGAUGCGACAUGUUGUGACGUUUCGUGACGCGGAUUAGAGGCGGACCCACGCAGCAUCAGCGGGGUGUGUUUAUGUUCCCACGCAUGAAGGUGAGCAGGGAGAAGCGGCGGUGUGGUGAUGAUCGGACACUUUGCGCAUUUGGAGCGGCGCUGCGCGCAGUGAGUGCGCAGUGAGUGCGCUGGUUGGAGCGGCUCCAGGGAUGCUGCGGCUGCUCUGGCUGCAACCCGGGGCUGCGCCCUCCACCUCCACCUCUCCACGCGUUGCCCCCCAUCCCAGUCGGUAAGAUGGGGACCAGUCUGUCCAGUCUGGCAGCCUUCCAGUCGCUGCACAUCGUCAUGCUGGGUUUGGACUCUGCCGGGAAGACCACCGUCCUCUACCGGCUCAAAUUCAACGAGUUCGUCAACACGGUUCCCACCAUCGGCUUCAACACGGAGCGGAUCCGGCUGGGCGGCCCGGGCGCCUCCCGGGGCAUCAGUUGCCACUUCUGGGACGUGGGGGGCCAGGAGAAGCUGCGGCCCCUGUGGAAGCCCUACAGCCGCUGCACGGACGGCAUCGUGUACGUGGUGGACUCCGUGGACGCGGAGCGCCUGGAGGAGGCCCGCGCCGAGCUGCACCGGAUCACCCGCUUCCAGGAGAACCAGGGGACCCCGCUGCUGGUCAUCGCCAACAAGCAGGACCUGCCGCGGGCCCUGGACGUGGGGGACAUCGAGAGGCAGCUGGCCCUGUCCGAGCUGAGCCCGUCCACGCCGUACCACGUCCAGCCGGCCUGCGCCAUCAUCGGAGAGGGGCUGGACGAGGGCAUGGACAAGCUGUAUGAGAUGAUAGUGAAGAGGAGGAAGACUCUGAAACAGAGGAAGAAGAAGUGAUGCAUGAGGAGCUGCCAGGAAAGUUUAGUGGAAGGAAAACAUUUAAUUCCCUCAGUCAGAAUGUAGCAGAGAGAAGACCGGAGGACAAUCAGAGCCACUGGAGACAGAAACACAGGAGGAGAUCCGUGGACAAUUCUGAGCUACUAAAGUCUAAAACUUGCAAGACAAGAAAUCUGACAGUUUUAGAUUCAUUUCAGAAAUUUUACAGGAAAAACCUGGAAAAUUCAGAGAUCCACAAGUCAAAAAUUAGCAAGAAAAAAAAAUAGAAAUUCUGAGAUUAGUUUCAGGAAUUCUCUAUAAAAUUCCUGGCGAUUUUUGGAUUAAUCUCCAUUUCUUUUCUUUUCUAACCGAUUUUUUGAUUUUUCAAACGUAGAAAUGUCCUUGUUUUACCUAGAAUAUCUUUUAGAUUAUAUCUAGAUUAGAUUAAGCUCCAGAUUUCUAAGAUUUUUUCUCACAAAUCUUUUGACCUGUAGAAAUGUGAGUUUUCUCAAUCUACUCCAACAUUUUUCUUUAUGCACAUUGGCCCUAACACUGUCAUGUUGCUCUAAAAACCUCAUCAUCAAAUCAGAUUUAUGGAUCAAUUUAUAGAUGGACUCAGAAAUAUCCACGGUUUGGAUCCUUUGUUCUUCCUCUCUGGAUUCAUUUGGUUUAUUUGAAGAUUCAGACAAACUGGAUGCUUAACAGAAUAAUUUGCACUAAAUAUUCAUCAGUCAUAAUUGGAUAAAAUCCCUAAAACCUUUGUUGGUUUUGAUAGUUUCCAGAAAUCCUUUUAGUAAAUGUUCCAUCUCUAAUAGUUCCUGCUAGUUAAAUCUCACCGAAUCCUUAGUAAUUAUUAUUUGUUUAGAAUAUUUUAUUGUAACCAAAUGUUGCUGAUUUAAUGGCGACUUCAGGACACAAACAGUCUUCCUUAGAUAAACUUGUAGUUAUGCAAACCUGCAGGCUGAACCUGAAGCAUCUUCGACAUCACAUCCUGUCCAUCAGACGGACUGGAUGACAUCACAUCCUGUCCAUCAGAUGGACUGGAUGACAUCACAUCCUGUCCAUCAGACGGACUGGACGUUUGAUUGCCAUCCUGAAUCGGGUCAAAGCUUCUCGUCUGGACCGAACCCGCAGCAUGUCGGUCCAGUUGGUGAACACCUGCAGCUCCUGCAUGUCAGCCGCUCUGAUUCCAGAAAUAUUUACCUGUAUCUGUGUGUUGAAGCCAAAAUACAGCGAGACCAAACGUGUUAUGUGCCAAGAUGUAAAAAAAGAAGUAUUUUUGGGAUUAAAGUCUUUAUAAAUGA